GCGACAGUUGCUCAAUUGUAUAAUUAAAUAUAAUGUUAGUGCACUUAACUAUUGAUCUUAAGCCGACUCUAUUUCUAUUUCUGUGCCUAGUUUCAUAUUCAGUAAAUGGAGAAAUUUCCAAUGUGAGCCACUAUUCACAAUCGCUAUUUGAUUCAAUUAUGGAAAUCUAUAUGGGAAACAACAGCAUCGGCAGCUACAAAAAUUCCACACAGGCCUUCGACCCUCAUACCGCAAUCCUAGUGCCAAUCUCUAUCUAUCCUUACAUAUUGCUCGCCAUCUGGAUAAUAUCUAUAUUAAUCAUCAUUUGCUGCUGUUUGUACUGCAAGUGUCAGCAGGCGGAAAUGGUGACAUCCUACAGUUCCAAUAAUUUUGAGCUGCAGGAGGUGCAUAUCAUGGAUCAUCCAUUGCCUCAUGUCAAGGGCUGUGUUUGCCUCUGUUGUCUACAGAGACAGCUUGCCCAGGAAAUCCAGCAGAAAAGAAAUUGAUGAAAUGCUUCAGA